CUAGACAAUUAUAAAUUCAGUAGUGAGAAUAAAGGUUUUGUGGCAAAGAGAGGAAAACAAAGAGAUAAGAUUUUGUAAAUUGCCAUUUGUGUGUCAAAUUUUAGCAGCAAAAAUAUAGCAAUGGCCUCAGCAUCGCUCAUCAAGUCAUCUCCUGUUCUUGAUAAGGCUGAGUUUGUUAAGGGUCAGUCCCUUCGCCAACCCUCCGUCUCCGUCGUCCGGUGCCACCCGAAUGCGGUGACUUCGCUCACAAUACGAGCAUCAUCCUAUGCCGAUGAGCUUGUUAAGACUGCGAAAACUGUUGCAUCACCUGGCCGUGGAAUUUUGGCCAUGGAUGAAUCAAAUGCUACCUGUGGAAAGCGUCUUGCUUCGAUUGGGCUUGAGAACACCGAGGCUAAUCGCCAAGCUUACCGUACCCUCCUCGUGACAGCCCCCGGCCUCGGCCAGUACAUCUCUGGUGCCAUCCUCUUUGAAGAGACUCUCUACCAAUCGACCACCGAUGGCAAAAAGAUGGUUGAUGUCCUCGUCAAGCAAAACAUUGUCCCCGGUAUCAAAGUCGACAAGGGUUUGGUUCCCCUUGCUGGUUCAAAUGAUGAGUCCUGGUGCCAAGGACUCGAUGGCCUUGCUUCCCGGACCGCUGCUUACUACCAACAGGGUGCUCGUUUUGCCAAAUGGCGUACCGUUGUGAGCAUUCCAAAUGGUCCAUCUGCCUUGGCCGUGAAGGAGGCCGCUUGGGGCUUGGCUCGAUAUGCUGCCAUUGCUCAAGACAACGGAUUGGUCCCGAUUGUUGAGCCAGAAAUCUUGCUUGAUGGUGAACAUGGCAUAGACAGGACUUUCGAAGUUGCCCUAAAGGUUUGGGCUGAGGUUUUCUUCUAUUUGGCCGAGAACAAUGUUCUGUUCGAGGGUAUUCUUCUCAAGCCGAGCAUGGUUACUCCUGGAGCCGAAUGCAAGGAGAAGGCAACCCCCGAGCAAGUUGCUGAUUACACUCUCAAGCUUCUCCACAGGAGGAUUCCCCCAGCUGUCCCUGGAAUCAUGUUCUUGUCUGGUGGGCAAUCUGAAGUAGAAGCAACCUUGAAUUUGAAUGCCAUGAACCAAGCCCCUAACCCAUGGCACGUAUCGUUCUCCUAUGCCCGGGCCCUCCAGAACACAUGCUUGAAGACGUGGGGAGGACGCCCCGAGAACGUCAAGGCAGCACAAGAUACUCUGCUGGUUCGAGCCAAGGCCAACUCCCUUGCUCAGCUCGGGAAGUACACUGGUGAGGGUGAAUCCGAUGAAGCCAAGAAGGGAAUGUUUGUCAAGGGCUAUGUCUAUUAAGCUUAUUGCACCAAGUCUAUAUAUGAAGAAGAAUUUGAUCAUGAAGAGAGGAACAUGAUAGAAAUGGAGCCUAUUUUUGUUCAUCAUAUGUACUUUUUACCACUUAGUGAACUUUGUACUAAUGAAACUAGUUAGUUUGUAUCAAUGGGUGGUAUAAAAUUUUUCUAGUUGUGGUUUCAGUACUAAUACAUCUGUUCAAAACUUCAAAUCUCAAUGCCCUUGUAACGGAUUAGAGAUUUGGCUUGUGGAUUCACCUAUUUCAAUGAACUUCUCUUCAAGAUAGUGCCCAAA